AGAACACAAAGCCUGAUCGUGACAAUUUCCAAGGAAACUUAUAACAUAUUUCUGAGCUGAGUUCCACCCUGAUGGAGAAGAUGCAGGCCCAGGAGAUGAUGAGCGGCCUGAGGAUACCGGAGAUGGAGGAUCUGGGACAGUUCUUCCGCUCCCUGCCAACGUCCACGCUGGUGGGCAUCGGCGCUCUGACUGCCGUGCUGGCGUACUGGUUGGCCACCAGACCCCGCCCCAUCAAGCCACCCUGCAACCUGCUGCACCAGUCGGAGGAGGUGUCGCAUGAAGAUGGAGGUCGCCGGUCCAUGAUGGGCGACAGCUCCAAGCUGCUGAGUCAUUACCAUGAUGACGCCAGGACCAUGUACGAGGUCUUCCAGAGAGGCCUCCACAUAUCUGGUGAUGGACCUUGCUUGGGCUCGCGGCUCCCCAACCAGCCUUACAAAUGGAUAUCCUACAAAGAGGUGACGGCCCGAGCCGAGUAUCUGGGCUCAGGCCUUCUGCACCAGGGCUGCCAGCCAAACCCCGACCAGUUCAUAGGAGUGUUCGCCCAGAACAGGCCAGAGGUGACUCUCACUCUUUGUGUCUGUCUCUUUACUUUUCACGCUGUCUCUCUCUCUCUCUCUCUCUCUAUUUCAGAAGA